AUGGACAAACCGAAACCAAGUGACGUUUCUGCUGCAGCGGCAGCAGAACUAUCAUCAUCACCAUAUACCCACCAAGUGCCCUCAUACCGCUCAGCCGGUGUAGAAACCGUCCCGAAUGCCAACAUUAAACGAAAACUGACGGACGAGAGUGGAAAACCAAUGUUGCCUGAUUUACCAGGCGCGGUAAAUCAGAAUGAAAAGAUUACUAUUAUGAAGAAGGCGGUGACUCUUCAAGAACUCAUAAGAGCAUCUCGCGAUGCACGAGCAAAUCCAGCCGCUGAACCAGCAACAGGUGCCGAUGCAUUACUGGCUCGUCUUAAGGUGCAUCCUCCACCGCCACGACGAACAGCACACCGUUCCUAUAUAUUCGAGGAAGGAAGCGUCAGAUACGAGCCCAAACCACUGCAGCGUGGUGUUGGAGUGUCCACUGAAGAGGACGAGGAGGCAAAUGGGUUUGGAUCUAAGGGGUCGGGAGAAGGUGGGAGUUUUAAGGAAAAGUUGGUGCACUUUUUAGUUGAUCAACAAAUUAGCAAUCCAGCUCCAGAUUCUGACGAUACCGCAGAACUACUCCUCGAAAACAUGGAAGGCGAUUACCUUCCCGACUCACGUAUAACUCGGGCUGCUCAAGCUUCCAAGUCUGACGACUCGAACGAUGAUGAACGAGCUAUUGUGCAGGCUUUCUACACAUACUUUGAUUCCAACAUCAAAGCACACACAUCCGCUCAACUGAAUCCAGAGUGGACUGACAACUUUUUGGCGUUGAUACCAAAAGUGGUCAAGAAUCGCUUUCCACAGGACGUCAAAUCGUUGCUUGAGGAGACGAGGCUAGAGUACAGUGAGAGUGGGAAGCGGUCUGCGGUCGAUUUUAUCCUUAAACCUCGCAAAAAAGGAUCUCAGAAUGCCAAGAUUGACGCAGAAGCAAUCUACCCAUUGCCACAAGACAAACCUUCAUUGCCGACUGGAUGGCGUGCGUCGUUCUUGGAAAACAGAACCAAGAUUGAACGUGAAUUGUAUCUACCUCAUGGUGUGAUUCGUGGCAUGUUGGCAGAAUGGGGCCCUCAUGCUUUGAAUCGAUUGGUUGAUUCGGAAGAAGUUUGUAAACAACCUACAUUCCGUAUUGGUGGAUUUAGAUCCAUGGUUAUGGUUCAGGCUGAUAAGUGUCGCGAGAAGCUUAUCAAUGGCUAUUUUGUCAAAGUGCUUCGUCUCUUCCUGGAUCACUUUACUGUUGGUAAAAACAAGGAUUUCCAACGUCCACCAGCUGGAUUAUACAGGGCUGGAAACGGUUUAAUAUUCAACCAAGUCCUGUCAAUCAUAACUGGAUCCUUGGCAGACUACCUCACAAUAUUUGCUCAUCCAGUUGCUGCUCCAUCUGGUGAUAUAUUGGAAGAGCUAAUGGAUUUAAAACCACGAGCACCACGCUUCCAAGUCCGUCUUUGGCUCAGAGAUCGUACACCAGAAUUCGAUCCACCAUUGUCUGAUGUAGAAGAAGCCGUACUGGAAGGCUUCGAACUAAUAAUCCAUACCGUCGAAUCCAUGCCUAAAAUCGAUGCUGUCAUAAACUCUCAAGCUUCCGAAAGCUUGCUGAAAUUGACGAAUGAAACCAGUGCUGCUACAUCUGGUAAUCCAUUCCGAACACCAGGUGCUAAUGACGAGAUCCGCAUCAAGCCUGAAGCUGUUUUGAUUGAACAAGGAGCUGCUCUACUACGUGCAUACUGUGCCGAAUGCUUUGACGUGGCACGUAGCUUCGUCAGCAAGUAUGACAAGUACAAGUCUCUGUUAAUGGAUGAAGCUGAUGCCUCUGUUGAGGUCUUCUUCAAAGAGCAGCAUUCCUUUAAAGAGUACUCUGCUGAAAUAGAGAGAUAUAGGUCUAUCGCUACCGAAGUCAUGGGAUGUCGUCGUCGCAAUGAGCUGCCGUUGAUUGAGCUUAAUUGUGAAGAGUUGCAUAAGGCUAUUGCUGCUAGGGCUAUUGAGCUCAGUAAUCGAUACCUGAAUAAUAUCACGGAGCAAACUGCUGAAGCUGAGCGAUUGGUUUGUGCACGCUUCGAUGCUAUCGAGCAACGUGCUCUCCAUGUGCCGGCAGAUUUCAAGGAAAUGGCUGAUCUCAUGGUAUACAUGGAAGAAGUCCGAGCCAAGGAGAUUCCGGCAUUAAUGGAAGAAUUAGACGAAGCUCGUAAACGAUUAACAUACAUAGCUUCCUUCUCGGCUUUAUCCGAAAGCUACAUCAAGCUCAACAAUGCUGCCUUCACAUGGCCGACACGUCUACUACCUAUCGUAGAACAGUAUGAAGGCAAUAUGACUGAAGCUCGUCACCGUGCCGAAACCUCACUCGUCGAACAACGAACCCGGUUCGUUGCUGAAUUGGAUGAAUUAUCCAAACAGGUGGAAUCUCUACGAGAUGUCGGCGAAUUAGAUGAAAUGCCCUUUUAUGCCAAAAAAGCUGCGGCCAUGGAAAAGCAACUCAAAGGAGCUGCCGAAUCCAUUGCUGAAUUCAAUAGAGAAGAAAACGUAUUCGGAUGGGAAGUCACGGCAUACCCACAACGUAAAACAAUCUUGUUGGCUUUGGAGCCGUAUCAGGCAUUAUAUACCAUAUCCGUCAAUUUCCAGAAAUCUUAUAAACGAUGGCUUGAUGGUCCAUUGCUGGAAUUGGAAGCUGAGGCAAUCGAAGCAGAGAUUGAUUCACUUCGUCGUGAAAUGUAUCGGGUGGCUAGCUUGUUGAGUGAAGCACCUGCUCCUACUGCUAUUGCAGCUCAAGUUAAAGAAAAGCUGGAUGAGUUUAUUACGAAUGUGCCAUUUGUACGGGUACUUUGUAAUCCUGGCAUGCGGGACCGUCAUUGGACACGUAUGUCUCAAAUCAUGGGUCAGAAUAUGAAACCUGAUGGACAGACAACGUUGCGUAAGAUGCUGAAACACGACUUGUUGCCAUGUCUGGAGCAGUUCCAGGAAAUCAGCGACUCUGCAUCCAAGGAAUACACUCUCGAAAAGAACAUGGCAAAGAUGGCAGCCGAUUGGGAGCCCCUCACAUUUAAUCUCAUCGCAUACCGCGAGACUGGCACAUUCAUAUUGUCUGCCGUUGACGAAGCUCAACAAUUACUUGAUGAUCAAAUCGUCAAGACUCAAUCCAUGCGUGGAUCACCGUACAUUAAACCGUUCGAGCAACAGAUUAAAGACUGGGAACGUAAAUUGCUCACUACUCAAGAAGUCAUUGAUGAAUGGCUCAAAGUACAGGCCACCUGGUUGUAUCUGGAACCCAUCUUCUCGUCUGAAGAUAUUAUGGCUCAGAUGCCAGAAGAAGGAAGAAAAUUCAAGACUGUUGAUACUAAUUGGAGGAAGAUGAUGGAGACCGUCAACAAAGACAACAAGAUUUUGGUUGUAACGGAUAUUCCCGGUCUUGUAGCUGAGCUCCAGAGCAGUAACGAGAACUUGGAAGCCAUCUUGAAAGGUCUUAACUCGUAUCUUGAAAUCAAGAGAUUGUUCUUUCCUCGAUUCUUCUUCUUGUCUAAUGAUGAAAUGCUUGAGAUUCUUUCUGAAACGAAAGAUCCCACUCGUGUCCAACCACAUCUCAAGAAAUGUUUCGAAGGUGUCGCAUCUCUCAACUUUGACGACAAUUUGGAUAUCACAGCAUUAUAUUCCAGUGAAAAGGAAGAGCUACAACUUACUCAAAAGGUGUCUACAAACGAUGCCAAGGGCUCUGUCGAGAAGUGGCUGUCCCAAGUAGAAAGCAUGAUGUUGGAAUCAGUGCACUCUGUCACUGAGAAUGCCUUUCAUGCAUACUCGAAUACUCCAAGAGAACAAUGGGUACUCGACUGGCCUGGCCAGGUAGUACUCUGUGUAGGCCAAAUAUUUUGGACUUGGGGUGUUGAAAACGGCAUCAUGUCUGGCAAGAAGGGACUUGAAUCAUACGUCCAAAAAUUAAAUUCAGACUUGUCUGAAGUAAUUAAACUUGUACGUGGUAACUUGUCAAAGAUGGCCCGUCUGACUCUUGGAGCUCUGGUCGUCAUUGAUGUGCAUGCUCGUGAUGUAGCCACACAAUUAGCUCUAGAAGGAAUCAAGGACACACAGGACUUCUCGUGGUUGGCACAGCUACGAUAUUACUGGGAAAAGAGUCAAGUCGAGGUUAAAAUGAUUAACACUACUCGCCGAUACGGAUAUGAAUAUCUAGGAAACAGUCCACGUCUAGUUAUUACGCCGUUGACAGAUCGUUGUUACCGUACCUUAUUCGGUGCUCUACAUUUGAAUCUCGGCGGUGCUCCAGAAGGGCCAGCAGGUACCGGUAAAACCGAAACGACAAAGGAUUUAGCCAAGGCACUUGCAAAGCAGUGUGUCGUCUUUAACUGCUCUGAUGGUCUUGAUUACCUUGCUAUGGGUAAAUUCUUCAAGGGAUUAGCUUCAUCUGGUGCAUGGGCAUGCUUUGAUGAAUUUAAUCGUAUCGAUCUGGAAGUGCUGUCUGUCGUUGCACAACAGAUUCUGACGAUUCAGCGUGCUAUCGCUGCUAAGCUUCAGACGUUUAUGUUUGAAGGUACCAAUCUGCCGUUGAAUACGUCUUGUGCUGUGUUUAUUACCAUGAAUCCGGGUUAUGCUGGUCGUUCUGAACUGCCGGAUAACUUGAAGGCACUUUUUAGAACUGUUGCAAUGAUGGUUCCCGAUUAUACCCUCAUCUCCGAAAUCACACUCUACUCGUGUGGUUUUAUCGAAGCUCGUAAUUUAGCACGAAAGAUUACCGCCACAUAUCGUUUGUGCUCUGAGCAAUUGUCAUCGCAAGAUCACUACGAUUAUGGUAUGAGAGCUGUCAAAUCUGUAUUGACGGCUGCCGGUAACUUGAAGCUCAAAUAUCCGGACGAGAACGAAAACGUCGUCGUGCUACGAUCCAUCAUUGACGUAAACUUGCCGAAAUUCUUGUCUCAAGAUAUCGCCCUGUUUAGAGGCAUCACAUCCGACUUGUUCCCUGGUGUAACACUCCCCAAACCCGAUUAUGCCCUUCUCGAAGAAGCUAUAAAUAAGAAUUGUCUCAAGCAGCACUUGCAGCCAAUCCCAGCAUUCGUAGAAAAGAUAAUCCAGCUGUACGAAAUGAUGUUGGUUCGUCACGGAUACAUGUUGGUAGGAGAACCUUUUGCUGGCAAGACAACAGCGUAUCGAGUCCUGGCAGAUGCCUUGACCGAUCUAGCUAUUGAAAAGGGAGAUAAAUCGGAAUGGCUUCGAGUACAGCAUAAAGUCAUAAACCCGAAAGCUAUACCUAUGGGUCAACUGUAUGGUCAGUUUGAUCCUAUAUCGCAUGAAUGGACUGAUGGUGUGCUAGCUACCAGUUUCCGUGCUUAUGCAUCAAGUCCCAGUCCAGACCGUAAAUGGGUUAUCUUUGAUGGACCUGUUGAUGCCGUCUGGGUUGAGAAUAUGAAUACCGUGUUGGACGAUAAUAAGAAGCUUUGUCUUAUGAGUGGUGAGAUUAUUCAGCUGUCGAAUACCAUGAGUUUGGUGUUUGAGGUUAUGGAUUUGGCUGUCGCUUCACCUGCUACCGUAUCUCGUUGUGGUAUGGUGUACAUGGAGCCAGACAGAUUAGGAUGGCGACCACUCGUAUCAAGUUGGCUCGAAACUGUAGCCCUCAACGCAGACUUCGUAAAACGCCUAACAGACCUGUUCGAACAAAUGGUACCUCAUUGCCUUAUGUUUGUCCGCAAGGAAUGCAAAGAACUGGCACCAACAUCCGAAAUCAGUUUGGUCAACUCGUUAAUCAAGUUACUCGACAGCUUUAUUGACGACCUCAAAAAAUUCACCACCAUGAACGAUGAGCUUAAGCAGUCGCUGGAAUGUCGAUUCAUAUUCUCGCUGCUCUGGUCUGUAGGUGGUAGUCUUGAUUCGGCCAGUCAGUCGAAAUUCGAUGCAUCGUUGAGACUUCUAAUUGAUGGUCUGCCCACUCAGUUGACAUUAUUGCCACCAAAGGACGGAACUGUAUAUGAUUAUAUGUAUGAAGUUGGUGUGCCUGGACGAUGGGUAGCUUGGACUAGCACUAUUCAAGACACACCGAUAUCACCAACUGCCGACUUUAGCGAAAUUAUCGUACCAACCAAAGAUACUGUUCGAUACAGCUAUUUGAUGGACGUGCUCAUCACACACGACAAGUCGUUUGUAUUGGUUGGUCCAACUGGUACCGGUAAAUCCAAAUAUAUUACCAACAAGAUGCUGAAUGGAUUGUCAAAGGAAAAAUACAUUCCUCUUUUUAUCGCCUUCUCUGCAAGAACUAGUGCAAACCAAAUCCAGGACAUGGUGAUGGCUAAACUGGAUAAGCGUCGUAAAGGAGUGUUUGGUGCUCCACUUGGUAAAAAAUAUCUGGUCUUUAUCGAUGAUCUCAAUAUGCCGGCCAAGGAAACGUAUGGUGCUCAGCCACCUAUAGAGCUCUUCCGUCAAUUCCUGGAUCAUGCUAACUGGUAUGAUAAGAAGGAUACUUCUAGACUGGAAUUAGUAGAUGUGCAAUUAGUCGCUGCAAUGGGUCCACCAGGAGGAGGUCGUAACUUUGUAACUCCUCGAUUCAUGCGUCACUUCAACCAGAUUGUCAUCAAUGCCUUUGAUGAUUUGACCAUGGCUAGAAUCUUCAACACGAUAACAGACUGGCACUUUAAUCGUAUGGAAUUCUCGGAUGAAGUACGUAGUCUAAGCAGCAAAAUAGUAAAUGCUACUGCCGCUGUAUAUAAAUGGGCUGUAUCUACAUUACUGCCAACACCAGCCAAGACCCAUUAUACCUUCAACUUGCGUGACUUUUCACGUGUCAUCCAGGGUGUAGUUUUAUGUCAGCCAAAGGCAUUCGAAGACUCGAAGAAGGUCAUUCGAUUAUGGGCUCAUGAAGUAUAUAGAGUAUAUUAUGAUCGUCUAGUAACAGAAGAAGAUCGUACUCAGAUCUUUGAGUUUAUGAAGGAUCUUGUACCUUCUCAAUUCGGAAUGAGCUCUGAAUCAGUCUUUAAGAGCAGCAAUGAUGGAAACAAAGUCAAGGAGACAGAUGUUGGAAAUCUGCUUUUUGGUGAUUUCUUGACCAAGAAGGGUGCCGAAGCACCACCAUAUAUAGAAAUGACGGAUAUCAACGUAGUCACCGCAGCGGUAACAACCCAACUCGGCGAGUACAACUUGGUCCAAAAGAGUAAACUUAAUCUAGUACUCUUCCGAUUCGCCAUUGAACACAUAUGUCGUAUCUUACGUAUCUUGCGUCUCCCUGGUGGUAACGCUCUACUCGUCGGUGUUGGUGGAAGUGGUCGACAAUCGUUGGCCAAGCUUGCUACAUUUAUGUCGCAAUACGAAAUCUUCCAGAUUGAAAUCUCCAAAUCAUACGGAAAAGCUGAAUGGAGGGAUGAUUUGAAAAAGAUGCUCAUGUUGGCUGGAGCCGAGAACAAGCCCACCGUCUUCCUGUUUACUGACUCUCAAAUCAAGGAAGAGUCAUUUAUUGAGGACAUUGCCAGUUUACUAAACUCUGGCGAUGUGCCUAACAUAUUUGCCAACGACGAAAAGCAGGCCAUCAUAGAAAAAUGUGGGCCCGAUGCUACCGAUCAAGGAAAAGCUGGUGAUGGAUCGCCAGCCGCCAUAUACAACUACUUUGUCGGUCGUGUACGAAAUAAUCUACAUAUCAUCCUCUGUAUGUCUCCUAUCGGUGAUGCCUUCAGAUCACGUCUAAGACAAUUCUCGGCCUUGGUAAAUUGUUGUACCAUUGACUGGUUCCAAUCAUGGCCCGAUGAAGCUCUGCAAGCUGUAGCACGUCAAUUCUUGGCUGAUGUAGACUUGGAAGCUAAUACUCGAGACGCCGUAGUAGCCAUGUGUCGACACUUCCAUCAAUCGACAAUAGCCCUGUCUGCUAAAUUCCGUCAAAAGCUGUCUCGAUACAAUUAUGUCACGCCAACCAGUUAUUUGGAACUGCUGCUGGCAUAUAAAUCUCUACUAGGAAUGAAACGAGAAGAAGUCUUGAAAAUCAAGAAUCGUUAUGCAGCUGGUCUGGAGAAACUGCAGUUUGCUGCUGGACAAGUACAACGUAUGCAAAAGGAAUUGACCGAUUUGCAACCACAGUUACGAAAGACUUCAGAAGAAACCGCUGAAAUGUUGGAAAAGAUUGCCAAGGAAUCCGUCGAAGUUGAAUCUACUCGAACCAUUGUCGCUGCUGACGAAGCUGUAGCUACCAAGAAGGCUGAUGAAGCUACAGCAAUAAAGAAUGAGUGCGAGUCAGAUUUAGCUAUGGCUCUGCCACUAUUGAAUGCAGCUCUGUCGGCUCUUGACACCUUGAAGAAAUCUGAUGUCGACUUGGUCAAGACCAUGAAGAACCCUCCAGAUGGUGUAAAACUUGUCAUGGAAGCUGUAUGUACCAUGAAGGAUAUAAAGCCAGAAAAGAUUCCUGAUCCUAGUGGAUCCGGUCGUAUGGUGUUUGAUUACUGGAAGCCUUCACUCAAAAUGUUGGGUGAUCCUAAAUUCUUGGAGCAGCUCAAAUCCUUUGAUAAAGAUAAUAUUCCACCUGCCAUUAUUAAAAAGAUUCGAGCCACCUUUAUACCCAAUCCCGACUUUAAACCCGACAAGGUCAGAUCUGCAUCGUCAGCUGCCGAAGGAUUGUGUAAUUGGAUUAUUGCUAUGGAGGCUUAUGAUCGUGUAGCCAAAGAAGUAGCACCUAAACAGGAAGCUUUGGCUAAAGCCGAAUCUGAAUUGGCUGAGACUAUGGCAGGUCUUACAGAGAAACGAGCAAUCUUGAAGGCUGUACAGGAGAGAUUGCAAGCCUUGAAUGAGAACUUGACUGCCUUGUCAAACAAAAAGGAACGUCUAGAACGUGAAGUCAAGAACUGCGGUGAACAACUUGACCGUGCUCAGAAGCUUUUGGGUGGUCUUGGUGGUGAAAAGCAACGUUGGACUGAAGUCGUUGCUCAACUCGAGGGCACAUAUGUAAAUCUCACUGGUGAUGUACUCAUAUCUGCUGGUGUACUGGCGUAUCUCGGUGCCUUUACCAAGAUUUAUCGUGCGGAAGGAGCAGCUGAUUGGGUGGAAAGAUGUCGAGCAGCUGCCAUUCCUUGUGCCGACUCAUUCUCGUUAUCCAAAGUCUUGGGAGACCCUAUAAAAAUCCGAGCAUGGACUAUUGCAGGUCUUCCAACAGAUCAAUUCUCGAUUGAUAAUGGUAUCAUUGUCCAAAACGCACGUCGUUGGCCGUUGAUGAUUGAUCCACAAGGUCAAGCGAACAAGUGGGUCAAGAAUAUGGAACGAGAACGUAAUCUGGUCAUUAUAAAGCUGUCUGAUGCUGAUUAUGUCCGUAACCUCGAGAAUGCAAUUCAAUUCGGAUCGCCCGUAUUGCUAGAAAACGUCAAGGAGGAAUUAGAUCCUAUAUUAGAUUCCGUCUUGCAAAAGCAAACCUUUAGAUCUGGUGGUGCCAUGUGUAUUCGUCUAGGAGAUGCUGUUAUCGAAUACUCUGAGAACUUUAGGCUGUAUAUAACUACCAAGCUUCGUAACCCACACUACUUGCCCGAAUUAUCCGUAAAGGUCUCUCUACUCAACUUUAUGAUUACGCCAGAAGGUCUAGAAGAUCAACUACUGGGUACUGUAGUCACUCGUGAAAGGCCAGAAUUAGAAGAGGAAAAGACUGCCUUGAUCUUGCAGUCUGCUGACAACAAGCGUCGUCUCAAAGAGAUUGAAGACAAGAUUCUAGAAAUUCUGUCUUCUGCUGAAGGCAAUAUUCUAGAAAACGAAACUGCCAUUGAAGUGUUGUCAUCUUCUAAAGUAUUGUCAGUCGAGCUGUUCGAAAAACAAAAAAUUGCCGAGGAAACGGAACGAAAGAUUGAUGACACUCGUGAAUCAUAUCGACCAAUCGCCAACUCUUCGUCAGCACUCUUCUUCUGUAUUGCAGAUCUGGCCAAUAUCGAUCCCAUGUACCAAUACUCUUUGACAUGGUUUAUUGAUCUCUUCGUCGCUGCCAUCAAUGGAUCCAACAAGUCCAAGGAUUUAAAGAAACGUCUCAAGAACUUGGACUCGUACUUUAUGUAUUCCUUGUAUUGUAAUGUCUGUCGAUCACUCUUCGAAAAGGACAAGCUGCUCUUCUCUCUACUCUUGACUAUAGCAGUCAUGAGAAACAGAAAGGAAUUAGACGAAACAGAAUUCACCUUCUUGUUAACAGGUGGUCUGUCUCUUGGAGCUCCCGCUACGCCAAAUCCAGAUCCAUCGUUUAUUACCGAAAAAGCCUGGACUGAAAUAUGUAGAAUGUCGGAUAUGCCAGCAUUUAAUGGAUUUGCUGAAACAUUUAGUCCAAGUGACUGGAAGCCAUUUGCAGAAAGCCCAGAACCACACUUAGCACCACUGCCACCGAAAUGGGCUUCAGUAGGAGACUUUAGAAGGCUGAUGAUAUUACGUGCCUUCAGACCUGAACGAAUUGUACCGGGUGUACAAGAGUUUGUAAAGGCAUCGUUAUCGCAUAAAUUUAUUGAGCCUCCGACAUUUGACUUGGCCGGAUCGUACGAGGAUUCAUCUCCCAAGUCUGCUCUCAUCUUUGUCUUGUCCCCUGGAGUUGAUCCAAUGGCUCAACUUUUGAAGUUUGCCGAAGACAAGGGCUUUGGAGGUAGUAGAUGUCAAUCAAUCUCUCUCGGUCAAGGUCAAGGACCUAUAGCAGCCGCCAUGAUCCGAGAUGCUCAAAAAGCAGGCACCUGGGUCGUAUUACAGAACUGUCACUUGGCAGUCUCAUGGCUUGGAUCCUUGGAAAAGAUCGUCGAAGACAUGUCAGGAAUCGGCGCAGCCAAUGUACAAAAGGACUUUAGAUUGUGGUUAACGUCAUAUCCAUCACCGAAGUUCCCCGCUUCCAUCUUGCAAGGUGGUGUAAAAAUGACAAAUGAACCUCCACGUGGUAUUCGUGCCAAUCUAUUAAAGAGUUAUUUGAGUGAUCCGAUCUCGGACGACAAAUUCUAUACUGGCUGUACUCAGGCUAAUGCCUGGGAGAAGAUGCUGUUUGGUCUGUGUUUCUUCCAUGCUCUUGUACAAGAGCGCAGAAACUUUGGCCCAUUAGGUUGGAAUAUCCCGUACGAAUUCAAUGAAUCCGAUCUACGUAUUAGUAUGAGACAGUUACAGAUGAUGCUUGACCAAUAUGCAGAGGUACCAUUUAAAGCUUUAAGCUACUUGACUGGUGAAUGUAAUUAUGGUGGUCGUGUCACUGACGAAUGGGAUCGUCGAACUCUCAAUAAUGUGCUGUCUCAAUUCUACAGUCCUCAGAUAUUGGAUGAUCCAUCAUACAAGUUUAGUCCUUCUGGUCAAUACUUUGCUCCUGCCAAGGGCAAGUACCCCGAUAUGGUAGAAUACAUCAAGUCGCUACCGCUCAAUCAGUCACCUGAAGUCUUUGGUAUCCACGACAAUGGUGAUAUUGCCAGACAAUUAGCUGAGACCCGUCUCUUGUUUGACUCCGUACUUGUAACUCAAGAACAGUCUAGUGGUGGUGGAGGUGGUGGCAAGACGUCAGAUGAAAUCUUGGAAGAAGUCGCUGCGGAUAUAUUAAACCGUGUCCCAGCAGGAUUUGAUGUUGAAGCUGCUCAGAGAAAGUAUCCAGUAUCAUAUAACGAAUCGAUGAAUACUGUUUUAGUGCAAGAAAUGAUUCGAUUCAACCGAUUGAUUGCCAUUAUCCGUGACUCGCUGGCUCAAGUACGUAAAGCAAUCAAGGGUUUGGUAGUCAUGUCUGCCGAUCUAGAAGAAGUGACCAAGAGUAUGCUUGUGGGCAAAGUGCCAGCUUUAUGGGCUGCUAAAUCCUUCCCAAGUUUGAAACCAUUGGCUGCAUAUGUGUCUGAUUUAGUGGCUAGGAUCAAGUUCUUUAAUGAUUGGUAUGAGCAUGGUUGUCCCAAAGUAUUCUGGAUGUCUGGAUUUUUCUUUACGCAAUCCUUUAUUACUGCAACUCUGCAAAACUAUGCCCGUAAAUACACAAUCCCUAUUGACGAACUGGGUCUCGAAUUUGAAGUCCUCAGCACUAUGGAUACACCAGCGAAAGCACCAGAAGACGGUGUGUAUGUACGAGGUCUCUACUUGGAAGGAGCUCGAUGGAAUCGUGAAAAGGGCGUCCUUGGUGAAUCUCAACCCAAGAUCUUGUAUGAUUUAAUGCCCAUUAUGUGGUUCAAGCCAAUCCGAACAGCAGAUUUGAAGGACAAGCCCGUAUAUAAUUGUCCAGUCUACAAAACAAGUGCACGACGUGGUGUGCUGAGUACUACUGGUCACUCUACGAACUUUGUGAUUCCUAUAAAGUUGCCCUCUGAUCGUCCUGAAAAGCACUGGAUUAUGAGAGGUGUUGCUGUAUUGCUUCAGCUGGACGAUUAG